AUGAUACUGGGAAAAAUUGGUGCCAUGUGUACAAGGUUCAGGGUAUACGAUGUUGAUAGUAAACUCCAUGGCCAAGAAGUAAAGACACUUAAGUUGGAUGAACAACAAUUCCUGGGAGAGGCUACUUGUACAUUGUGUGAGGUUUCCUUUUUAGUAAUUUCAAAAUGUGUGGAGGGUGGUACUAUAGUUCAAUGUAGAAAACGGGUCAGAACAUGUAAUAGAUUUGAUUAAGGAACAUUCUUACCAGAUAACAUAGUAAGUAAACUUUUAUUCCUUGAUAGCUAUUGUAGCUUUAUGUUUAGAUUAUGGGCAAAAAAAAUUUAGUUAUUAUUGUAAUAAUAAUCAACAGCAGCAGAGUAGUUGUAGUUAUUGUCACCAAACAGGAC